GACCUCACCCUUUGAUCAUACGCGAAAUCGCCUUGAAUGCAACCCAUCGAGGCAUCACCAUAUUUAUCAAUUUUCCAUCAAAAAUUACUUCUCUCAUCUAAUUCGAUGUCGCUCUUUUCUCCUAUGUCAAUUUAGGGGCUUCCAACGCCCUACUUCCUGAAGAAACGCGACUGUCAUUUUCUUCCGUAUGGCUACCGCCACCCGCCUAUCACUCUAACACGCCUACGAGGCUAUCAUGUCCAUCAUGAACGGCCAAAAUUCUUGGCCACUUUCUCAACAAAACCAUGUUGUAGGGAAGCGUCCUUUUCGUAAUCUUGAUGAUUCUACUGCCAGAUCCAGUGAAGUUAUCGAUAAUUCCGCCGCGUCGGUGCCUGAGGCAUCUGAUAAUGAAGAGGAACGCCUACGAGCUCACUUCGCCGAAUUGCGGCGUAAGAACGAGGCUAAGAUUGCGCUUUUAUAUGGCCCCGAUGGGGAACUUAACAACGAAGUUUUAGAAUCAUGGCGACGACCUAUGACCCCAUCGGCAGCCCCUCCUCCGACCACUGAUCAUUCUUCUAUACAAGAACGUCCUACUAAAAGAGUGAAGAGAGUAAUCGAUGAAGAUGAUUACGGGGAUGAUGAUGAUGACGACGAUGACGAUGAAGAUGAGCCUGUACCUAACUCUACCAACCUAUCCUCUAUAAAGUCUAAAGCCGCCGCCGUCGCCGCUUCGAAAGCUCUCCCUUCUCCUUCCAAGUCGGGAAGUUCCCCUAUAGCUUCCGCGCCGUCGCCAGACAAGUUAUACGACAGGACAAAAGAAGAUGCAUCGCAAGGGUCGCAAGCAUCACAGGCGCAAGCCAACAAGUCGGAAGACGCGCGCAAGCAACUUGAAGAUGCGCGCAAAGAUACCGAGGAAGCUGCUAAGCGUAGCUUCUAUUCUGUCUUUUAUACCUUGGAGAAUGAUCGAGCAGCUAUGUUAGAACAGCAACAGCUUGAGGAGUCGGAAAAACAGCUUCAAGCUGAAAUGGAUAAGAAUACCAAUAACAAUGUCAGCGGAGGUACCUCCGGCGAAAACCAUGGGUCGCUCAGUAGCGCAAAUCUAGGCGCGUCUAGUUUGACUCUCAAGCACCUUAUUGCGCGCAUAGAUAUGAAGCGCGAUAUGGUUCGCGCGUCGGACGCUGAGUUGCGCUCUCUUAUGAAUGAAGUCCGCAAGAAUAGGAGCAAGUGGGCUAGCGAAGAGAACGUCAACCAGGAGGAGUUGUACGAAGCACUGGAAAAGGUCUUGACUGAGCUCAAGGCACAUACCGAGUACUCCACCCCAUUUCUCCAAAGGGUGAACAAGAAGGAUGCUCCUGAUUACUAUAACUUCAUCAAGCAGCCGAUGGACCUAGGAUCUAUGACGAAGAAGCUCAAGUCCUUGACUUACAAGUCCAAAACCGAUUUUGUCACUGACCUCAACUUAAUAUGGGAUAAUUGCCUGCGGUACAACCAAGAUAUGAAUCACCCCCUUAGGCGGAUGGCCAAUGGAAUGCGCAGGGAAGCCGAGAAGCUUAUCCCCUUAAUACCCGACUUAGCCAUCCGACCCCGUGCCGAAGUCGAGGCCGAGGAGAGGCGUAAGCAGAAUGGCGGCGAAGAUGAUGGAGGCGAUGAUUCUGAUGACGAGCCGAUAAUGUCGUCUCGCGGUCGAAUUGCCGGCGGAGUAAAGGGAACGAAGUCGAGAAAAACUCAUUCGGACCAAAAGGAGGGGACACCUAAUAUGGAACAGAAGCCUAUGCUUCAGCUAAACGGGUUGUUGGCAAAAGCUCAUCGUGAAGGUUCUGAACUCGACGGGAGCAACGGUUUUGGGACCCCCCCUAUUGGUGGUUCUAUGACGCCUAGCGGACUCAACGGCCAUUCGGGCAUGGGUAGCAACGUAGAUGCCAUGGAUAUUGAUGGUCCCGAGCUAAAUGGUAUGGUGCUGGGACAGGCAUUGAACGAGGCUGCUCAGGAAGCCUACGAGGACGACGAGUAUAAAAUCUGGAAACAGGUGACUAAGAAAGACCGUGCUUUAAUUACAAAGGCACGAUACCAGCUAUUUAACAAGAAUAAGCUGAAUGUCGACGAGCCUGCGUUACUUCGAACCAGGGCCGGUAUGCGUCGGUACUUGCGCGGCCGACAACAGGCAGAAGCCUUUGCAUCGGCCGGUCGCGCUCAGGAUUCGUCAGCUGUUACGAAGGAAAAAGCUGCCGAGACUCUCGCAGAGGGUAUGGAAGAGGAUGAAGAAAAAUGUCUUCCCUUUUAUUACGAGCCGCAGUCCAUCGUUCUCGACGUUCCACCUAAACUCCAAUGGAUCGAGGAUGAGGAAGGCAACGCCAUUAACCAACACGAAGAAUUUCUCCAUACUCUACCACCAGGUUAUUUCACCGCACCAAAGAGUAUCAUGUCGCAGAAAUUCGAUGCGAACCUCAGGCAGAUGCAGGAAACCAGGAAGAUCUGUUCGAAAAUAGGUGUUAUAAAGCAAAUGCAGCUUCAGACUCAGGUGUAUGCCAACCAGUUCCCCAAGUACAACCCAGAGCCAUUUUACGAGAAAGAUGUUGAGCCACAUGUCGUAUGUGGUGACAACAUUGUGAUGGCACCGCAGGUUUGCAGGGCAGGCCUGCAACGAUCCGUUGCAAAGAUCUUCUAUCAUGCUGGCUUUGAAGAAUUUCAACCAUCUGCGAUGGACGCCAUCACUGACAUCGCCGCUGAUUAUUUCGGGAAGAUCAUAACCACGUUCAAGAACUACACGGAGAUCGAAAUGAAAGACCCUUCUCCGGAUUAUGUUCAACGUGGUUAUACAGCUCAACCUCGAUUCAGCGACGAGGAGGCCUUACUGCACACCUUGUCUGAGAUGGGAUAUUCCGUCGAGGGCCUAGAGAGCUACGCCAAGGAUGAAGUCGAGAGGCUCGGUCACAAGCUGACCGGUAUCCACGAGCGGAUGAAGGCUCAUCUAAGCGAUCUUCUGCGUCCUGCUGUGACAGAAUCGGGAGGACAAGAUGGUGCCGCCGCGUUCGAUGAUGGGAGUGAGCAGUUUAUUGGCGGCGACUUCGCUGAAGAAUUAGGCGAGGACUUCUUUGGAUUCAAAGAACUUGGUCUCGCUGGAGAGAUGGGUGGCAUGCUCUCUGUACCUCUCCAUCUCCUCCAGUCCAGGGUUCGCAACCAGUACCAGGUCCAGAACCAAACACAAGGUCCUUCCGAUGCGGUCCUAUUCGAGGACCUUGCUCCUCCCGACCCCGUCACCAAGGAGAACAUCCAGGAGCAGAUCGGACUUGUCAAGAACUUCUUCCUCGCUAAGCUGCACGCUAAUGGCGACACACCUUUGGUGGAAGAUGAAGACCUGCCUGUCAAGCAGCGACGACCUCGACCGCGACUUGGUGCAACCGGCAAGAUCGUAUCUCCUCAGAAACGCCCUCCAAAGGAGCAAAAUGCCAUCAACAAAAAGAAAAAGAAGAUGGAAGCCCAGGCAGCCGAAGCCAACAAGACAGCGAAUCAGAGCCCCGAGAAAGGUGGACCAAAGAAGGCAAAGAGCAUGUCUAUGCCGAAUGGAACCCUACCAACGAGCGCCGCUUCCCUGCCUGUCGCACAACCCAUGGAACGUGUCGGGAGCACUCAGAGCCAAGGCAACAAUAGCCAGACGGAUAAGGAUGAUACCGGCAUGAUGAGCCCAGAGAGCAUAGAACGAGGAUAAAAUCGUUUCUAUGCCUCUUCAGUGUUUGCAAUUUACUACAGCGUGUUUGAUUAAUUCUUACUAUCCUUAUUCUAUACCCUACUGAUGGGAUAUAUUUUUUUCACAUUUAUUUCCCUCUAGACCUAGGCAGGGGGCACAGGAGAAGGCGUGUGGCGUACCAUGGUGGCAUGGUGGCGUUGUCUGGGAGAGAUGUCUACGAAUACCCACACCCCCAAGCGUGGCGGGCAUUGCUCCCUUUUUUUCUUGGCUUUUCCUUUUCUUCGCUAAUGAUGCUUGGCAUGACUUGCAUAUAACUGGAUGGACGGGACGGAGGUCGAUGAAGGAGACAGGGCGGCAUGGAUGAGUCAGUCACACGUCGAGGAUCGAUAGGAACCCUAAGACGGCUACGUCCUACCUUACGUCAUAUACAUAGCCUAUCCCCUUCCGCACACAUAUACGAGAUCCCCCUUUCAGCACUACCUUCUCAUGGAUAUAGCGGUACUAGCUAUAUGUAUUAGACAGAAUCCUACUGAAUUCAUCCGUGAU